UUUAACCUAAUCCAACAGUCACUGGCUUAUUUCAACUUAGGUUCACAAAACUGUGUAAUUCUUUCUUUUAGAUGCCGGUGCCAGUGUCACCACGCAAAAAUGAAUCUAGUCAGGCUGCAAAUGCAUCCAGACCCGAGGCAAGAGCACAUCCAGCCGAGGACCCUGUUCAAGUGCCAGUUAAUCUUCCGAGACUCAGUGAAGAGGUAGAAGAAAUAGUUGACCCAGAUGUUGUUGCUGGGUACCAAGAUUGUUUGAAGGAAACACUAAGAUUUUUGCUAGAGGAGGAGCAUCUUCCUGAAGACCACCCAGUAGUGACGGGUUUAGCAGCACAUUUGACUCGAGAACAUGCCCACAUUGAGCUAACUAAGCUCUCCCAGCAACUUGCCACUGCUAUUAUAGAUGCACAGACUACCCCUACAGAUGAAUCCGAGGAGGAAAUUUCAACUAAUAAUUCUAAUACUCUCAGGGUUCCUAGGACAUUUAAUGCAGGUUUUGAAGUAACAUUAGUUGAGGAUGAUAGUGAAGAAGAAAUCAUAGUUUUAGAUGAUGAUGCAAUGGAUGAAGAUGAUUGUGAAUAUAUUAACAUUGAAGAGUUAAGUGACAGUGAGGAUAAUAGUGAAUAUGAAGCAGGUGAUCUAGAGGAAGAAAGGGUAACAGAGGCAUUAAUUACCGACCCUGAAUUACGGAGACAGUUAAUACGGUUUGUGUAUCAGGGUUGUGAUCUCUUUGCUGCUCCACCACCUAUCAAUCCAGCAUCACAUCAAGGGGUUAUCCUACAACUGUGAUGUUUUUCACACAUAGAAUUAAGGCUAUUUCUCAUAAUAUCACUGAGUGAACUUAAAAAAAAGUCACAUACAAUUCAAGCAGCAUUAAAUCUAAUCUAUAAUAAAUUAGUACAAAUAUUAUAUAUCACAAUCUUUUUAUAUAUGCAAGAAGCAAAUAUCUUUAUUUUCAAAGAGUAUACAUUAGCUGCAAGGAAACAAAAAAAAAUAUUCAUGAGGUGGAGCACCUAGGGGAAUGGAAGGCAUUUAGGUUCAAUCCAAGGAAGGGAAGCAUUGAUCAAGAGCCCCUCACUGGCAUCAAGGAAGCUCUCUUGGAGGGACAACAAACUGCUGUCUUCACAAAUUCAUUGAUCUCAUGAACUGAUUUUCAGCAUUUACUUUGCCCCAAUACUGAAAGACAUUCUGACCUUACUAAUCUUGCCAAUUUAAAAAAAACAGUGUUAUUCAUGUUUGAUAAUGGCUUUGUGGGUAUAAUUCAUGCAUUUUGCUCUUAUAUAGGUAUUACAGAAUUUCUUUUCACUGUGUCUUCUGCAUGAAUUUUAUAAUUCGAACGAAUAUAAUUUACAGUUAAUUGUAGUUUACAGUACUGUAUAUUAAAGAUCUAUUAAUCACAUUAUUUAGAAUUUAGAUGGACAAAUUAGCAGUUAAUUACACUCAUGGCCUUCCUUUGAAGACAUGAAUCGUUGUCACAUGAUGGCAGUUGCCUUAUCCCCAAGAUUCUCAUAAUGACCUAUUAGUGAAGCCUCAAGUGUUUGUUUUCUACUUUGUAGAAAAAUUACCUUAGAAUUAAACUUUGCUGAUGGAUCUGCUGUGUGUUGUUUGCUUAUUGGAAGUCAUAGCUUUGAUUCUGGCAUGACUUAAAUGAUAUUUUGCACUGUAGUUAAAGGAAUAAAGCUAGAUACUGAGGAAAGAAAUCAUUAUAUAAUAGUGCAUAUAUUUUUUUUUUGAGGGGGAGGGGGGCAGGGAGAAGUUUUCAUAACUAAAUGGCACAGUGAAGUAUUUUCAUACCAUUACCUUGUUUUGGUAUUUACUGUACAGUACAUUUAAAAUAUACAUUAUUUUAUUUCAUUACAAGGAAAUUUGUGCUGUGUUGAUGCAAAUUCAUACAUACAUACAAUGCAAAAUUUGGUUUUGGAUAUUAACAGCAUUGGUGGGAAUAAAUCAAACGAUUACUUAUGUCUUGCCAGUACUGCAAGUUUUAUAUUAAGACAUAAUACACAUCUCUCACUGCUAUAAUCUUGAAUUUCAGUUCGAAAUACAAUAUCACCUGUCAUGGUAUUCACCAAUUUAGUAAAAAGUCAUGUUCUUAAUUUCUGUUAUAAGCUGGUCUCAUCUCAAGGAUUUUAACAAAGUACGUACUAUUACUGUGUAAAGGACACACGUGUAUAGUCAUUCUUAUGUAGUAGUAGCCAUUUGAUUUGUAAAUAUGCAAGUAGUUUGGUUUUUAAA